AUGCAAGAAGUUUGCAGUUCCAUCGAACACAUGGGAGCACAAAUCAAAUCAGAAUCUCCGGCGAUCGGUUCGCUACAGGCGGGUGCCGCGGUAGUGGUUGGAAGUGAAACCGAUAUUAUAAAUCCCCAGCAAGUUUCGCUCAACGCUACCCAACAGCAACAAACGAUCAUCGCUGGUGGUCCUCAGCUGGUAGGUCGAAAACAAGUGAUCUGUGAUAAACCGCCGCGAGCUGCAACCCAACUACCCGUUGCAACGACUGCUGAGGUACUCGGUUCGCAAGCUGCUAUCCAGCAGCAGCAACCUCAUCCGGAUACAUCUUAUUGGAUGCAGAACGAAAGUGGCUUUAUCAACUCACAACCCUCAAUGGCUGAAUUUCUGACACAUAUCGAUAGUGAGAGCCCGAAGCUCAUUUCUCAGGGGUACCCAAUGGGACCCAGUGAUAGCAUGGAGUCCGUACCGGAAUAUCCCUGGAUGAAAGAGAAAAAAACGGCCCGCAAAGCUACAGCCCAAGCUGAGUUUGUUGCUGAAAACGGUUUACCACGCCGAUUGCGUACGGCCUACACCAACACGCAGCUCCUAGAGCUUGAAAAGGAGUUUCACUUCAACAAAUACCUUUGCCGGCCCCGAAGAAUCGAAAUAGCAGCUAGUCUCGAUCUUACAGAAAGACAGGUGAAAGUGUGGUUUCAAAAUCGGCGCAUGAAGCAUAAACGACAAACACUCUCUAAAACUGAUGAUGACGAAUCGGGAAAGGACGAUCUCAAGGAUUCCAACUCCAAAAAAUCUUGCCAAGGAUGUGAACUACCCUCGGAUGACAUACCGGACUCAACAUCCAGCUCUCGGGGGAUGAACAACAGUACGCCGAACGCUGGUAAGUCGCCCCUGCGCAAAGCGAACCACAAGUCAAUGAAGUUGAUGAGAAUCUUCCCUGAAAAUUCGUCUGACACUCUGCCACUAGCCAUGACACCGAAUUCCACCGUCGACAUAAGCACUCCGACUGGUGGUAGCGGCGGCUCUGGUGGGGUAACCAACGCGGUCAGUGCUGACUCCAGUGUUGCCUCCACGGGAAGCCUCGACGAGGAGGAUGAGAUCCAUGCCAAAGUGAAGAAGAAAUCCGACGGACAAACGAUAAAGAAAGAGUCGGUCAGUUCUUCGAAAAUUAUCAACAGUAACUCAUUCAAAAGCUACGACACUACUGGCCCUGCAUUGGGUCCGUCAUCGGUACCGAUUACUAUCCCCCACAGUCCAGUUUCUACUUCGGCCAUCUCGCCGAGUAGCAACAGUAAUAAUAACAACAAUAACAGUAACAGCAACAAUAACAAUCUUCAAUCGUACUACAAUCAUCCCAGUCCUUACGGAAUAGUGAAGCAUAAGCUGCCACAUGGACCAAUCAUAAGUCACGAGGGUGAAGGAUCACCGACCACCACAGGAUCCUCGGGUAGUGGAAUGUACUUCAAUAGUAAGCCCCAGGACUACUUUGGCAAGGCAGAUGCUGCCGUACACUAUCAACCACCGUAUCAACAUUAUCAGAAAACAAUCAUACCGCCAGGAGCCGGAUACGGUGGUCCACAACAUACCCUAAAUGAAGGCUAUCCCAACGCACAGAAAACGGAUUUUAAUGCUCCGUUAGGCUUGAAAAGUUUUGGCAAUAAAACUCUAGUACAAGAUUCUACCCAGGUGAAGCUGCAGCAAGCACAGCAACAGCUCAACGAUUCAACGUUCCACCCGCAGAGCCAACCCUAUUACAACAGCUGCGACACAGGCCUUAACAACGUCGGACAGUAUGGUCCGAGCGGACAACAAUACUAUCCAAAUGAUUACGAUCCUCAGCACGAGUUUGGCGCAGGAACCGGCUACUACGAGUCUACGAAACCGGGUGCAGUAGGACAGGGCCACUACUACGAUGGUAUGAGCUCGUUUCACCACGGUACAUUAGCUGCUAACAACAACAUGGAUUACCAAGGCAAUGCCCCAUACACUGGCCUCGGUACCGCAGUACCAGCGGCGAUGGGAAAUGAUUCCUGUGAAUCAUUUGCCUUCCAUCAAGCAUCUCCCGUAGCUAGUGCAUACUACGAACAACAGCAUCUUCAUCAACAGCAGCAUCAGCAGCAACACCAUCCACAGCAGCAUCACCAUCAGCAUGCUUUCCAACAGCAAAACAGUCAGCAACUGCAUUCGUACCAUCAUCAGCAACAAGCACUGCCGAACCCUGCUGGGGUAGGUGGUGUCGGCAUAAACAACACUGCAGUCAGAACAGCAACCCAGAUAGGAAACCACCACGACAUCAACACAGCUGAACUUUGCUCGUUUAAUGGUUGUCCGCCUGCUGGCAGCAGCAGCAGCGCAGGCCAAACAAAACCAGCCGCCAUGGUUAGUCUGGACAAUUCCAACUCGUCCGACUUCAAUUUCCUUAGCAAUUUGGCGAAUGAUUUCGCUCCUGAAUAUUAUCAGCUUAGCUAA